UCAUACCCGGAAGUACGGUGAUGCAGCAACGCAGACAGUCGGCUUAUUUCCCUCUCUUCAAAACAGGCUAGCUAGUUACUGUUAAAAUGGCAACAUAUAGGAUGUCUGCAUGUAUUGCCUUCGUUUACAUGGCUGGUUAGGUUUCAAAUCGUUUCACGACCAGUAAAUUGUUCAACUGACGUGAGUGACCUCGAGCUGAAGUGAACGUAAAAGAACAACAAUCAAUAACAUGUCGGCAGAAUUCACUCCUCCCGGUUCUGACCGACCCACAAUGGACUGCAGUCGCAACUUUGACACAAUGCCACUGGGUUUUGCCUUAGGAUUAACUGGACAGGGAGGGUCUGAGGAUGAUGUUAACAACCAGCCCAGCCUGUCCCCAUCCCACAGCCCCCCUGCAUCAGGAGAACCUGAUCAAGAGAACCAAACAGAACCAACCAAAACCUUUUCUCACUGUUGUCUGGAUUGUGGGAAAGAGUUUUCCCGCCCAUGUGACCUGGUGAGACACCAGAGAGUACACACAGGGGAGAAGCCCUACCCCUGUCCUGACUGUGGCAAGAGGUUCGCCCACUCAGGAGGCCUCCGAGAACAUGAGAGGAUACACUCCGGAGAGAAGCCUCACUCCUGCUCUGUGUGUGGGAAGAGCUUCACCCAGAAGGGAAGUCUUAGAGUUCACCUACGGACACACACGGGGGAGAGACCUUAUUCUUGCUCCGUCUGUGGCAAGAGCUACACCCAAAAUGAAUUUUUGAAAGUGCACCAGCGAACACACACGGGAGAAAGGCCCUACUCCUGUUCUGUGUGUGGCAAGGGCUUUGCUCAGAUAGGAAACUUGAAGAAACACCAGCGGAUUCACACCGGGGAGAAGCCUUAUCAGUGCCUGGAGUGUGGCGCCAGUUUCACCCAGAAGGACAGCCUGAAGAUGCACCAGAGGUCUCAUACGGGAGAGAAACCCUGCGUCUGCCCCUCGUGCGGGAAGGGUUUCCGUGACAACGGGCACCUGAAAGUCCACUUGAGAGUGCAUACAGGUGAGAAGCCAUACUCCUGCCCUGACUGUGGGAGACGGUUCAGCCAGGCGGACGUCCUGAAGAGACACCAGAUGGUGCAUACAGGGGAGAAGCCGUACUUCUGUGCCCUGUGUGGCAGGAGGUUCGCCCAGCCUGCCACUCUGAAGUACCACCUCCGGACCCACGCAAGAGAGAACCAGACAGGAGGGUCUCAAUGCUGCCCAGUGUGUGGACAGGACCUCCCUACAGAGCAGGCUCUGAGAAAACACCUACAGACACACAUGGGGGAGGACCUCGGUCACAAUGGGGGACAGGAAGACGGGGAGGAUGAAGUUGGUGGUCUGAUCAAUUCUGAUGGAGAGGACGUCGGCUGGGACCCUUCUCAUCUUAGAGAGAGUCCUGUCCAUGGCUCUGGUAGUGAAGAAAGUCCUCCUACAUCAGACAUCAACAAGAAUCCAGGUGACCAAUCCAGAUCCAAACCCAGGUCACCUGACGACAGAGAGGCCUUCAGUCAGACACUGGGUCCUGACGACAGAGAGACCUUCAGUCAGACACUGGGUCCUGACGACAGAGAGACCUUCAGUCAGACACUGGGUCCUGACGACAGAGAGACCUUCAGUCAGACACUGGGUCCUGACGACAGAGAGACCUUCAGUCAGACACUGGGUCCUGACGACAGAGAGACCUUCAGUCAGACACUGGGUCCUGACGACAGAGAGACCUUCAGUCAGACACUGGGUCCUGACGACAGAGAGACCUUCAGUCAGACACUGGGUCCUGACGACAGAGAGACCUUCAGUCAGACACUGGGUCCUGACGACAGAGAGACCUUCAGUCAGACACUGGGUCCUGACGACAGAGAGGCCUUCAGUCAGACACUGGGUCCUGACGACAGAGAGACCUUCAGUCAGACACUGGGUCCUGACGACAGAGAGACCUUCAGUCAGACACUGGGUCCUGACGACAGAGAGACCUUCAGUCAGACACUGGGUCCUGACGACAGAGAGACCUUCAGUCAGACACUGGGGAUGAACAUUAAAAUAGUGGAGGAGGAGGAGCUGGAGGACUUGAGUAAAACUGUUGGGGUGAUGGUUAAAGAAGAAGAGGAAGAGGUGGAUCUGGAGGACCUGAGUCAAACUGUUGGGGUGACGGUUAAAGAAGAAGAGGACGAGGAAGUCAGCAGAUUCAUUCAGUCCCCAGUAGAAGAAGUGGACUGGGAGGCAGUUGAACUUAGAGAGAGUCCUAACCAGUGCUCAGUCGGUGAGGAGAGACCUCCCCAGCAGGAGAAUCACACAGCUAAAGACCAUCAGCACACAGAGAACACAAUCCUCACUCCUGCUCUGACUCUAUUUCAAGGACCUGAUCAAAGCUAUUGAUGAUUAAAUAAUUAGGUUCAUUAGCUACUGUAUCCUAUUGCAGAUAUUUAAUAAUUGUGUUUAAUUUAAUAAAUCAUGGUUGCAACAACCUGCCAAUCAUUAUGAACUGG